CAGGCUGCAUCCUCUCUCACCUUUGAACGUUCAUUUUCAAUUUUUUCUCAACCGAGGAAAGAGCAAUUAGUCUCGGUUCCUGACUGGCAAUAAUGUUUGCAUUGACUGCUGGUAGCCAUGGAGCCAAACAGUAUGGACACAAGCCCUUAGUCCAGUGACUCCAUGCCAACUACAGAACACCCAUCUACACUUUAUUCUCUCUCUGUACUCUUCUUUGUUUUAAUUCCGAUCAUGGUCUACUAAUCUGCCAUCCUGCGUGUGUUUGGAAUGUGGGAGGAAAGAGACGGUUUUGGAGGAAACUCAUUCAGUCCCAGAUGCAAAAGACCGAUCACCGUGAGCUCACAUAUCGAGGAAAGAUGAGGUUCCUGCUCUUCACCCUCGUCCUGAUGGCAGCCUGCUUCUAUUACAGCACAGCCCAAGCAAACUCGUUUGAAGACUGCUGUUUGAAAUACACUAAAGUAAAAAACCCCAGGAGGGUUCAGAAGCUCAUCGUUAAUCACCGAGUACAGAGAACAGGCGGAGGUUGCAACUUAGCUGCAGUGAUCCUCAGGCUGAGGAACGUGAGCAUUUGUGUGAACCCCAAAGAGAAGUGGGUCAGAAAUUACAUCAAUUUAACUGAAAAGAAACUAGUUAAGAGAAGGUGCAAGCAUCAUACCGAAUACUGCAAAUACUAGCGCAAGGAGUAACAGGGAGGAUGAAAGCUGACCUAUGACUCUCUCUGAUGGAGACCUUUCCUUCCCAGCAACACAACCUGGAAUAAAAAAAUCCAAAAGCACAUCCAUGCAGAGAGCAGUCAACGUUUAGCCAAACCCAAACAUAACCAGGAGAUACCUGACAGGAGACGGCAAUGGAAGAGAGGCAAUGUCACUAUCAGACAUACCAUUGUCAGUGAAUUACUCAGACACCUUAAUCAUCACUGUUUAAUCAGCAAAGCUGUCAUUAUAGCAAACUGCAGACAGUUUUAUUGCCACUUCUUGGGUAUAUGUUGUUUUUUUGUGUAUAGCCUUUUCUUUCUUUAAUGACUGGUUUAUCUUUUUUAUAAUUUACUCCAUUUAAGUUACCAUUUCAAUACUUUUGGUUUGAGGGAAAACAGUGGCAUACCUGUGGGAUAUUGGAAGAGGAACAAGCCAAUCAGUUGCUCAGACAUCUGCAGGUUUCAAUGGGCUACGGUGUGGGCCUCGGCCCAGCCCUAUCUACAGGUAGCAAGUCUUGUCCUGAACAUUUGGUGCAGAUUGUUUGGUUGAUUGAUUUUGAUAACUCGAUAUUGUUUAGUACAAAGUAGGCCUGAUUAAGUGCACUCUGUGGAUUGUUUCAAUCAUUCAAUAAAUAUUCAU